GCAGACUGUGACUCUGUUGCUUCACAUCUCCCAGACUUGGCAGAAUUCAUUGUGCACCAUGCUAGCCUUGGCACAGCCUGGUCUGAAGGGGAUAUUACUGACUGCUUCAAGCAUUUGUGGGUUCUGUUGUAACACCCCAAGUAUCUGAUUCCAAGGAUUACAAAAGAAUGCUAGGGCUCACGUCAGGAUGAAUGUCUGUCAUUAUGAUAAGAAAAUGGACUUUUUCUACAACUGGAGCAAGUCUCCGACAGAAGAUGAUUGGACAGGAUCAAGACUUAUCAUUACUUUGUGCUUUGGAACGUUUGUUUGCUUCUUCAUUUUUCUCUCCAACUUAAUGGUUAUAGCUGCAGUGGUCAUAAACAAAAGAUUUCACUAUCCUUUUUACUAUUUACUUGCCAAUUUAGCAGCCGCUGACCUUUUUGCUGGAAUUGCCUAUGCGUUCCUAAUGUUCCAUACAGGACCAGUAUCGAGAACUUUGAGUGUUCACAGAUAUUUCCUACGUCAGGGUUUACUGGACACCAGCAUGUCCGCAUCCCUGGCUAACUUGCUGGUUAUAGCAGUUGAAAGACAUAUGUCCAUCAUGCGAAUGAGACUUCAUAGCAACCUUACCAAACGAAGGGUUACGUGUUUGAUUCUUCUGAUUUGGGUAGUGGCUAUAUUUAUGGGUGCUGUGCCAACGCUUGGCUGGAACUGCAUCUGCAACAUCACCACCUGCUCAUCCUUGGCGCCCGUAUAUAGUAGGAGUUAUUUAACUUUCUGGACAGUGUCAAAUCUGGUUGUGUUUUUUAUAAUGGUGAUAGUUUACUUGAGAAUUUACAUGUAUGUCAAGAGGAAAACCAAUGUUUUGUCUCCACAUACCACUGGAUCUAUAAGUCGAAGACGAACGCCAAUAAAACUGAUGAAGACUGUUCUGGUUGUGCUAGCUCAUUAGGAUGCGUUUGUGGUUUGCUGGACACCUGGGAUGGUGGUCUUGCUUCUUGAUGGCCUGAAUUGCACUAACUGUGGGUUGCAACAUGUAAAACGGUGGUUUCUUCUGCUUGCCCUGAUGAACUCUGUCCAUGAACAAUCAUUUUACUCCUACAAGGAUGAGGAGAUGUGGAGGACUUUCAAGAAGAUGAUUUGUUGUUUUCUUAUACACUGGUCAUGAUCACCGAUCUUCAGAAUUCCGUCAACAGUGACUAGCACAAGAAGUAACGACACCUCCAGUCAUUAUCUAGAGAACUCAGUAGCCAAAUGCCCAUUAACCAAUGGCAUAUAAGUUGAAAGUUGUUGAAUUUUACAUAGUGAAAAGUUUUAUUAUUAUAUUUUUAAUCUGUAUUUUACAUUUUUCUGCACUGUCAAGAAAUAAAAUGGGAUAAAAAAAAUGAAUUAAAAA